CGGAGGGAGGGAGAGCGUCCAUCCGGAGGGGAAGAUGGGGGCCGGCGGCCACGGGUCGGGCGGCCCGGCCCGGCGGCCUCCCCCGUACAGCCAGGACGGGCGAGGGCCGGCCGGGGCUCCGGAGGCGCGGGAGGCCCGGGAGCCGCUGGACUGCUGGGCUUGUGCGGUGCUGGUCACGGCCCAGAACCUGCUCGUGGGCCUCUUUAACCUGCUGCUGCUACUCACCGUGCUGGCCGCCGUCCUGCUGCCCGCCCUCGUCAUGCUCGGCUUCGGCUUCCUCUGCCACUCGCAGUUCCUUCACGCCCAGGUGCCGCCCUGUACCAAGCACCUGCGGGACCCCAGCUUCACGGCGCUGUUGGUGGUGGGCUUCAUCCUGCUGGUGCCCCUGCUGGUGCUCGCCCUGGCCGGCUACCGCCGCCUCUGCCGCCGCCUGCGCCUGGCCGACUGCCUGGUGCCCUACAGCCACGCCGUCUACCGCGGCCUCCCGUCCCCACGCCCCCGGCCCCUCCGCCUGGCCGCCCCGGCGCCCGGCCCCCGCGCCACGCUCGACUCCCCCUCGGCGGGCAAGGUCUGGGUCUGACCGGCGGGCAGCGGCCGCUGCUGCUACCGCGAGGGUGACGGUCUCCGGGGCGGUCGCGCGCCCGCACCCACCCACUCCCGGUGCCACCUGGCCAGCCUGGCAGCGGGGCAGACCAGGACCCGCUUCGGAUGGGAGGAAACAGAGACAGAGAGGAGACAUCUGCCAGAUGUACCGAGAGAGGCCCAACUGCCAGCAGACCCUCCCCCCCAGACCCCCUAAACCCUCCUUAUCAGGAUCCUGGCCGGGAGGAUCCAUCACAUCUGGCCCGAGACGUCAACGAAAGGGAUGGGGGGAGGCGGCGACGGUUACAGCCGCGACUGAAUUCUCCCACCCCAAGGGCAGCAGGACCGGACCCACGUGCAUCGUCCACACCCCGGAGGUCCCCCCGAAAGAGGCUGCCCUUCUCUGCACAUCUGGAUCGGACGCCAGGGAAAGAGGUGGGAGGGCUGUGGGGCGGGAAGAAGGCUGGGAGGGGGA